CCGGUGCGGUUAGAAGAAAAUCGAUCGAGAAAAAAAAGGCAAACCUCCCUCCAACCCUCGGUCUACCCUCCAUCGUGCCGCGUCCGCCGUCCGUGUUGCGUCGCGGAGCCGACCGCCGCCGCCGCUCGCAGCGCGCCGCAGAUCCGGCCGCCACCACCACGCCUCCGUCCGUCGCCGGAGCUCCACGUGCCCGAGGGACGCGCAGCCUUGCCGGGACAGUUUCGCCGCCGCGGGGGCCCCGUCACCCCGACAUCCGAGUGCCGCCACAGUCCUCGCCUCGGGUGCUCCACCGCGAAUCCGCUCUUCCCUCAAGAGGAUCGGGGCCGGACGACGGCGGAUCGAGCUCCGAGCUCCGGCAGCGCGGGCCCUCCCCUGCGCCGUGGACAACAGCCGCGAGUAACAGGCGGCGGCGCGGCGGUGCUCCAGCAGGCGCGUUCCGCGGCAUGGUCCCUCGCCGGCGGGACAAAGUGGUGGGCGCCCCUGCAGCGCGUCCUCGUGGCGCCCCCUCGCUGGCCCCCCCGCGCUCCGGAUCUCGCCCUCCCCGCAGUGGCCGGCGGCGUGGAUCCGCUUCCUCCCUGGCCGGCUCGGGUCCAUGGCAUCCAUGGCCGGCGAGGUCCUCCUCUCUCACCUCCGCCCCGCCGCCGGCGCGCGCGUCCUCCUCCAUCCUCCGGCGCCCGUCCUCCUCCGCGCGCGGAUCUGGCCACCAGCGCUGCUGCUGUCUUUGGAGGCGGGGGUCGUGGUACCCAUCCAUGCUGCGGUACCCUAGGACGGCUGUGGUCACCGGCAAAACAGGAGAAGGAGGGAGAAGCGUGUGCAACCUGGAGGCUGCGAAGGGGGCGGCGGAAGUGAGGGAGAAUGUAACGAUGUUUGGCGGCGAUCGAGCUGACAUGCGUCGCGUGUGCGGGUUCGGUGGAGAAGGCCAUGAAGCGGCGCCCAGGUCGAUCUGUGCGCUGCCGUCAUCGACAUCCUUGGUCUUCUACGCCUUCGUCGAUCCAAUGGAUGCUCAGUUCUGACCGACCCAACACAUUCAAAUGAUCAGGCCCUAUGCUGGGAGAAGGCAACCAUGUGCAUUCUAUUUUAAGCACUGCCCGGUCAGGCUCUUUUUGUUGUUAGCUUUUUAGGUUAGUGUUCUGAUCAAUUACAUAUCUAUGGGUUUUUUGGUUAGUGUUCUGAUCAAUUUACCAUGUGUCCAUGAGGUGGUAAAAGCUCGGACAAGGUGCACAAAAGCAGCUGCAGCAAGGGUAAGCUCGGACAUGGUGUUGAAUUUGCUAUCGAAGAUGGUUGCGUUGGUGAGAAUAUCACGUGAACAUGCAUUUAGGUCUGCUGAAAUAAAACAAGAUCUUUCUGUCGUACCUCCUAACUCCACUGUCUUCUAUGAACUGGAGCGUGUUUCUUUCGAGAAGGACGAAGAACCAUGGGAUCUAAACAGCAAUGCUGAGAAGAUUGAAGCAGCUGCCAAGAAGAAAGAUGAAGGCAAAUGCUUGGUUUAAGAUGGGCAAGUACGCCAAGGCUUCCAAGAGACAUGAUAAGAUAUGUUCCAUGCGGGAAUAUAUCCCGCAGUGGCCCAGGGGAGCUGUUACGCUUCGCUCACUUGAGCAGCCAUCGAGCCCCCAGGCGAGGAGGCUACGCCUACGCUACGCAGAGCCACACACCGCGACGCCAGCCACGAAGCGGAUGGCCGCCGCCGCCGCCGCCGCCGCCGCGGGGGACGAGCCGCGCGUCCGUAGCUGCCACAUUGUGGCGGUGCCCUUCCCGGGCCGCGGCCACGUCAACGCCAUGAUGAACCUCAGCCGCCUCCUCGCCGCGCGCGGCGCCGCGGUCACCUUCGUCGUCACCGAGGAGUGGCUCGGCCUCAUCCGCUCCUUCUCCUCCUCCUCCCCGGCCGAUGGCGUCCGCCUGCGCGCCAUCCCCAACGUCAUCCCCUCCGAGCACGGCCGCGCCGCCGACCACUCGGGCUUCCUCGACGCCGUCGCCACCGAGAUGGAGGCGCCCUUCGAGCGCCUGCUCGACGGGCUCGAGGGCGCGCCGCCCGCCGCGCUCGUGGCGGACGCCUACGUCUCCUGGGUCGUCGGCGUCGGCAACCGGAGGCGCGUCCCCGUCUGGCUGCUCUUCCCCAUGGCCGCCAACUUCUUCUCCGCCUACUACCACUUCGACCGCCUCCCGGCCUGGCUUACCGGCGACGGCGAGCACGCGCCGGACUCUGGUGAUACUGUAGAUAAAUCUGAUCAGAGACUUGGGCACCAUAUCUCCAGUCAGGCUUCAAGUUCGAUAAGGUUGUCUGAUCUUGAGCCCUUAAUUCGCAACAAGAGAAAAGUAAAGCAUAUCCUAUCAGCAAUCUCAAGCGUUAGAAAUGCUCAGUGCCUCCUUUUCACCACCAUGUAUGAGCUUGAGGCCAGUGUCAUCGACUCAAUACAGUCAGUACUCUCUUGCCCAGUGUACCCAAUCGGUCCUUGUGUUCCCUACAUGACACUUGAAGACCACCGGACCAUGAGCAAUGGGGAUACCAGCCAAGUAGACUACUUCACAUGGUUGGAUUCUCAACCUGUAAACUCAGUAUUAUAUGUGUCCCUUGGCAGCUUUGUCUCAGUGUCAGCUGCUCAGCUUGACGAGAUUGCGUUGGGGCUAGCAGCAAGUGAGGUCAGGUUCUUGUGGAUUCUUCGCGAACAAUCCCCUGGGGUGCGCGAAGUCAUUGGUGAUACUGAUAAGGGGAUGAUACUGCCGUGGUGUGAGCAGCUGAAGGUUUUGUGCCAUUCCUCUGUUGGGGGCUUCUUAUCCCAUUGCGGGUUGAACUCGACACUUGAAGCCAUCUUUGCUGGUGUACCUAUACUUGCCUUACCACUAUUCUUUGAUCAACCGCUUGAUGGCCGAUUAAUUGUGGAAGAAUGGAAGAUUGGCCUGAACUUGAGGGAUUGUGCUAGCAAGGAUGGUCUGAUUGGGAGAGAGGAUAUUGCACGGGCUGCAAAGAGGCUGAUGUCCUCUGAUGAACCUGAGACAAAGGCAGUGAGGAGACGUGCUCUUGAGUGGAAAGAAGCUUCUCGCAGAGCAGUUGACAAUGGGGGAUCUUCAUACCGUAAUCUGAGUGCAUUGAUGGAGAUGGCAUGUUCUUCAGCAUAAUUGGAAUCAGUACGGUAUGUGCUGAAACUGAUCUUGUCAUACACUUGUAAUCAUCAGUGUUUCAUAUACGGAUGCUACAAUCAUCCCUCUUUAAAAGUCAUGCGAUUUCUGAAAGGUGACGCUCAUAAUCACCUUUACUUAUGAUGUGUUCGACAUAUAAACCAGUUCUUUUCUCAGAGUUUCAUUUGGAUUGUACUACUACUAUGACUCUCUGUCAUCUUUUAAAGAAACAGCAGUAUUUACUUUUAGAUGUUAUAUUUUGCCAAAUGCUAGUGUAUACAGUGUUUUCUUCU